AUGGCGGAGAGGGGAAAGAGUGCGAAGAGGUUCAUUCAGAAGGGGGCAAGGGAGGGGGAGGCGAAGCGCUCCAAGGGGGAAGAGCAGAUUGGCGGUGAGGAGGAAGAGCAGAUUGGCGGCGAGGAGGAAGAGCAGAUUGGCGGCGGGGAGGAUGACCAGAUUAGCGGUACGGAAGAUGCUCAGCAUACCGAUAGGGAUGACCAGUCUGACGAGGUGGGAACCGCCGCUUCCCGCCAAGCAGAUGGCACGAGGAAGAGCCCCGAGAAGGCUCAGGCAGCACUCAAUGAAGACAUAAAGAAGUGCAUAGAGAAAAGAAUACCAAACGUCAGCAGGAACUUACAAGUGGACGUUUGCGUUGCCAUCCCCUCCUCCAUUAUAAACAACAGGAGCGACGUAAUAAAGUCCUACUUGACGAGCUACUUGGCGAGGAUAUUCACCGUUUUUGCGGUCGCGAGGGUGUACAUAUACGACGACCAGAUGGGGAGCGAGCGGGAUGGGCGGCAUGAGCGGCGUGAUUCGCAUGAGCAGCGUGAGCAGCAGCUGAAGAGGGGCAACUCCAGCCAUAGCACUGCCCUCCCGCAGAAGACGCACGAACGGGAGAAGACCCCCCACAGCGAUAGGGAUGGCAGCAAUCAUCAACGAAAGAGACCAAUCAGUCAGUCAUCUUCACAUGAAGGAGGAGAAGGAGAAAACCCCCCCCCAGAAUAUUCCUACCUUUGUCAGUACCUACACUACAACUUGCAAUAUUUGGAGACGCCCCAAUAUUUGAGGAAGCACCUAUUCCCCAUAACUCACUUUUUAAAACACUCAGGGAUAAUGAACCCUGUGGAUGCUCCCCAUCACUUGAGAAGCGAUGAGUGGCUUCCAUUUCGCGAAGGAGUUGUAAUAAAGAAGAAGUCAAAUGGAGUCAUUGUGGACGUUGGGUUGUUUGCUCAUGCACAUAUAGAAAACGUUCACCACGUGGACAUUGGGACGAGAGUGACCGUUCUGUUUCAUCCCAACUCGUUUCUCCUAUUCCAGAGGAGAAAUGCGGAUGUUUUAUUUUCAGGAAAAUUAAUCAACCCGGGUACUCCAAAGCUGUACAAUUUGUAUUGGGGGUACUCCGUCGAGCUGCUAAAACGGCUGAGCGAUGUCUUUGACCUGGACGUGGACUACAUCGUGGGCACCUCCGAGCGGGGGCGCUUCAUGGGAGAGGUGGCCGACGCGGUCAGAGGAGUCAGCUCCAUCCUCAUCGUGUUCGGAAACAAGCAGGGGCUGGAGGACCUGCUCAUCAAGGAGCGCGAAGAGCAGAAAAAAAAAAGCUACGCCGUGGAGAAGAGGAGCAAAGUUUUGAGCAAAAUGCUGAAGAAGUUCCACCUAUUCGUUAACACGUGCCCCCACCAGACCUCCAGGACAAUACGGACGGAGGAGGCCAUCGCGAUAACGCUGUCGCUGUUUCAUAGCAUUCUCGUGUAG